AUGUCUGGCGUCAAAACAUCCCGGAGAGGGCCUGGUGCAGGUGAUGCGUUGAGCCAGGUGAAAGGGCAGAUCUACCAAGCCUUCGAUCUGGCAGACCAUCCCUUCGCCUAUACACCCUCCUCCGCCGCUCCCGACCGCCCUGACCCUCCUAUCCCCAUUGAACCUACGUCGUCGUCGUCCUACCCGAGAAGCGCUGCCGCUUCCGAUAGCAUCCUGUCGUCAUCCCGCUCAGAUCCCUCCGUUGACAGCUCCUACCCGGCCGUCGGCGCUACUGGGAAUUUCUAUCUGUCGUCCACCCGUCGCCGUCGCCGCCCGAGUACCCCUGGUGUAUCUGAAUCCAACAUCGAGGGAACAGGAGUCCUUACCAGAGAUCAUACGGCCAGUGAAGCCGGCAUCUCGGAACAAAGAAUCGUACGCACAAAUACCGCAGAGGGCCACUCGCCGUCCCCCAAGCGCAGGCGCCUGACAAAUAUGCGUCCCGAUGGAGUUUCAAGUGCAAAUGGCCCUUCCCACGUGUCUAACGGCUCCGUUGCCUCGCCGUCUCACAAGGUGGGUCUUUCCCACUCCUUGAACGGCCAGGCUUCGUACGUUUCCUCUCAUGGCGACCUUCAUACGAAUGGAGUACAGAAAUCCUCGGUCAGCCCUCCAUCCUAUUUCGGACAUGACCGCGAAGAAGUGACCCGCAUCCUCAUUCAAAGUUUGUACGAGCUGGGUUAUAAUGGAGCAGCUUCACUAUUGAGCAAGGAGAGUGGUUAUCAAUUGGAGAGCCCGGCAGUUGCUACAUUUAGAGGUGCAGUGCUUGCAGGACGUUGGGCGGAGGCGGAGCGAAUUUUGGUACAGUCGUUCUAUUCGGACGGGACGAGGCGGGUGACGAGCGGCGACGGUGACCACCCGACGAAAGAGAGGUUGGUUUUGGUGGAAAAUGCGGAAAUGAAUGAGAUGCUCUUCUACCUGCGACAACAGAAGUUUUUGGAACUGCUAGAGGCUCGUAAUCUCUCUGCGGCUCUGACCGUUCUUCGGCAUGAAUUAACGCCGCUUAAUUAUGAUAUCGGGCGUCUACAUGCCCUAUCUAGUCUUCUCAUGUGCCCUCCGGAACAUCUUCACGAUCAAGCUGGCUGGGAUGGUUCGAUAAGUUCUUCUCGUGAGAGAUUGCUAUCGGAAUUAUCAAAAUCUAUAUCACCGUCAGUCAUGAUUCCUGACAACCGUCUCGCAAUAUUACUAGACCAUGUCAAGCAAAAUCAGAUCAACCAGUGCUUGUACCACAACACGGCAACUCCGCCGUCGUUAUAUUCUGAUCACAUGUGCGAUCGGGCGGACUUCCCGUCUCGACCGGGAAUUGAAUUAAGUCAACAUUCGGAUGAGGUCUGGUACUGUCAAUUCUCUCAUGAUGGCACGAAAUUAGUCACGGCAGGCCGCGACCACAGUGUCAUUAUCUACGAUACCAGCACUUUUGCUGUGCUGCAUAAGUUGAUGGAACAUGAUGACGGUGUUGCGCAUGCUUGUUGGAGCCCGGAUGACUCUAAACUCAUCACUUGCUCUCAGGAUAAAAAGGCCCGGGUGUGGAGUGUGGAUACCGGGCGAUGCCUAUUGACUAUAACUCACCACUCACAGCCGGUUACAGCUGCAGCCUGGGCUGCAGAUGGGGACUCUUUUGUGACAUCCUCUCUGGAUAAGGCCUCACACCUAUGCCAUUGGAGUAUGCGCGGUCAGGCUCUGCACAUGUGGCAGGGUAAUUUCCGUGUACAGGAUUGUGCCAUCACGCCCGAUGGGCGACGCCUAAUUGCUGCCGAUGUUGAAGAAAAGAUCCACGUCUAUAACUUCCUCACCCACGAGGAGGAGUAUUGUCUGGCGUUGAAAAGCAAGCCCACAUCGGUUGCAGUCAGUAAAGAUUCCCGCCACAUGCUUGUGAACUUGUCAGAAGGUCAAAUACAACUCAUCGAUAUUGACACGACCGAUGUUAUCCGGCGUUUCCAAGGACAGAAACAGGGUUCUUUUGUCAUCCGGAGUGCCUUUGGAGGAGCUGCAGAGAAUUUCGUAGUCAGUGGAAGCGAAGACUCUCGAGUUUAUGUGUGGCACAAAGAAAAUGGGACUCUGGUAGAAACGCUGGAGGGCCAUAUUGCUGGGUGUGUAAACGCAAUCUCCUGGAACCCUACAAAUCCAGGAUUGUUCGCUUCCGCGGGAGAUGAUUGCUUGGUCAGAAUUUGGACCCGGGAGCGCGACGCGAACCCUCAUGCUACGGCCCGUACACACCGAGCGACAUCGGCAAGCGGUUUCGCCCGCACGAGUGCUCUGCGAUCAACAUCGAGCUUCUAA